UGUGCUGCCUGUUGUAUUGUUGCCAGGGCGACAAGUAACAACAAGGUGCGGGAGACGGUUGCACUGGAGCUGAGCUUCGUCAACUCCAACCUGCAGCUUCUGAAGGAGGAGCUGGAAGAGCUGAACAGUAACAUGGAGGUUUACCAGACAGACAGCGAGGCGGUGAAUGUUCCCAUGAUUCCACUGGGCUUGAAGGAGACCAAGGACGUGGACUUCACCCUCCCCAUACAGGACUUCAUCCUGGAGCACUAUGGGGAAGAGGCCUCUCUCUACGAUGGGGAGAUCAAGGGGCUAACAGAGCUUCGACAGGCUAUGCGGACCCCCAGCCGGACCCAGGAGGGUCUGGAGCUGCUGAUGGAGUACUACAACCAGCUGUUCUACCUGGACCAGCGCUUCUUCCCCCCCAACCGGAACCUGGGGGUCCAUUUCCACUGGUACGACUCCCUGACGGGCGUGCCGUCGUGUCAGCGCGCGCUGGCCUUUGAGAAGGGCAGUGUGCUCUUCAACCUGGGCUCCCUGCACACGCAGAUGGGGGCGCGGCAGGACCGCUCCUGCACCGCCGGCGUUGACCGCGCCAUCGACGCCUUCCAGAGGGCCGCAGGUGCGUUUAAUUACCUGAAGGACAACUUCUCCAACGCUCCCAGCCUGGACAUGAGCGGCCCGUCGCUGAGCAUGCUGGUCCGGCUGAUGGUGGCGCAGGGCCAGGAGUGUGUGUUUGAGCGCGUCACGCUCGCCACGUGGGACGCCACCUUCACCUCGCUGCUCCGCCUCGCCCAGGAGGCGUCUCAGGUGUCGGAGGUGUACUCCCUGGCGCUGCAGACCAUGUCCCAGCCGCUGGUGAAGGACUACGUCCCCUUCUCCUGGCUCUCCACCGUGCAGGUGAAGGCGGAGCACUUCAGCGCGCUGUCCCACUACUACGCCGCCGCCGCGCUCUGCGACCACUCACCGUCGUGUGAGGAGGAGGAGGAGGAGGAGGAGGAGGGGCGAGAUCAAGAGUCAGAGAGGGUCUUCCAGGGGUUCUACGUGUGUCCUCCCUCAGGUCCUCUGCUCAGCACGGUGCUGCGAGACCCCGAGCAGAGACGCAAGCUAGGUAAGGCCCACCUGCGGCGGGCCGUGAUGCGGCACGAGGAGGCGAUGCGCGUGCACGGCCUGUGUCGGAUCCUGAGGAAGAUGGACAUCCUGCAGGACGUGCUGUCGCUCACACACCGCCGCGCCCUGGACAAGUACUCUGAGCUCGACUGCGAGGACGACUUCGAUGAGACCUCCGAGGCCCCGGAGAUACAGCCUCAAACCCAGCAGAAGCCUGACAUCACCCCGCCCGACUUCACGGCCGUCCACGUCAAGGACCUCUUCCAGCGGCUGGGCCCUCUGUCGGUGUUCAGUGCGAGGGCCCGCUGGAGCCCCGUGCGCCAGGUCUGUCUCCAGAGAGGAGACGGGGGGCUCGGCCUCACGCUCAGAGGGGACUCCCCCGUCCUGGUGGCCGGGGUCCUGCCUGGGGGCUGUGCAGCGGAGGCAGGUCUGCGAGAGGGGGACUACCUGGUGGGGGUGGAGGGGCAGGACUGUAAGUGGUCUAAACACGCCGACGUGGUCCAGCUGCUGAAGGCCUGCGGCCACCGAGCGGUCCGCAUCAGCGUGGUCACCCUGCACCCGGCCCAACACACACAGGAGGAGAGGAGAAGCAUGGCGCUCAGCCAGGGUGAUAAAGAGAACACUCGCCAGCGGCUGCUGAUUGGUGGAAACAAGGGUCAGAGUUCGGCGUCGCUGCUCAACUGGAACAGGAAGAAGAAGAGGGAAGGGGGCGGAGCCAGCAGGAGACUAGGAAGCCCUUUCAGCCUAUCACUGGGGAGCAUCCGGGACACAGAGUCGAUGUACUGACGUGUUUUAAGGCAAAUUCGUAGUCCUGCCAUACCCCAUAUGACAAAAAAACACUCCAUAUCAAACCUCCUUUUUGUGACAGCGCAUUGAUAGCGUUUGCGUGGUCUUACACAAAGCAUGAGACUUUCACACAGAGACGCAUUUCGGUUUGUAACUACCAACAGAAAAGGGAAAUGACGCGCAAAGAAUAUAGGCCCGUGUUCCUUGAGUGUGCUGGGUACGGCUGGGCGGCUUGAAGGGCUACCGUCAGCCCAGCCUUUGAGUCCUGACCAGCCGAGGACCCUGUUUCUGUCCGUCCUCUGCCUGUGCUUCUGCAUGUGAUCCAUUACAUUCCAACGCAUAGAUAUUCCUACCGUUUCGUCACUCAGCAGAUGCUUUAAUCCAAAGUGACUGGCGGUGUAGCUUUGAUCCCCCGUCUCUCUUCCGCCACUUACAUUGUACAAGAGAACCUCGAGGUAGACCCUGACAAUUCUGCAGAUUGGGCUGCGAUUGGGGUGAAUUGGUUUGAAGGGCGGAACGGAAAGCUUGACGGACCAAUGUUGUGGCUGUUUGCAAACAGUAACCCGAUGGCAAACGGAAGUAAGGGAGCUAGACUAGUUAGAUCAAGGCAUUGGGUCUGACUGCAGUGAAUUGAGACACAUAUCAUUGAUGAGCAGGUAGGGGUCAAGGAGGUCCACAGGUAGACUGGGGACAUUGGUGAACGGCCCCUUUGGGCUUGGAGUCAAACGUCUUAGCUACUAUGCUGUCCUGUACCUUAUAAUAUCCCUGAUUAACUUAACCUGCUCCUCAAUCCACUACCCCAGAUAGAAUCAUGAUUAAUCAAUACACAUCUCUUCUCUUACAAUCCCAAUUUGUGAAUAUGUCUUAAAACCUCUGUGUUGCCUGGAAACUACCUAAUCACAGAAAGCCGUUUGCCUAUUCAAACACGGCGUGCAUUAGGCUUGGCUGGAAAUGAGAGGAGACAUGGAGAGGAAUGGAUUCAGAAUCGGAAUGGCCUUCUUUCCAGGUUUCAUUAUUUGUGUUAUGUGGAGUGUUAUGUGCACUUUGUUAGUAGUUUGUUAGUAUGAUGAGAAUUACAUUCCUGCCCUACCCUGGAUGUGUCGUUCAGUAUUUUUAGAUGCACUGUAAGUCUGUGUACAAAAAGAGAAAAGCACAAGUACAUUCUAUUGAAUAAUAUAAUUUGCGUUUGUUUACUUACCACAAUAUUGAACAAAAAUAAUGAAACAGACUUUGUUUGUGAUACUUUUUUUGGUACUAUGAUCUUGCGAGAAUAUGUAGCCUUUGGGAAGUGCUAUUAAUGUGAUUGUAGAAUGCUAGAAUAUUCUUCUUACUUUGCUUUUCUGUUAUUUUCUUGAAUGUUUCUGAGAAUGUAAAAGUCUAGUCACUGUAUGUUUUUGUUUUAUGUAGAAUGGUCGAACUAAAAUAGUUUUGGGAUCACAAGAUUGUUUGAAAUUCCAAAGGUAACAUUAAUAACAAUGAUAAUUUGAGACAGUUAGAUUUUUUUUCUUUUUACAUUAUUAGACCUGUGGGUCAGUGGUGACGCAGAGUAUUACACCAUCAGCACACUUCUGACAAGACCAUUUUUUUAAUGGUUACGUUUAACAUCAUUAGUCUAAUUGAUUGGAGGUUUAGGAAUCUUAAGACUUUAGAAAAGUUUUUAAAAAUAUUCUCAGCACAUUUUGAUGCAAUCUUAUAAAUUGUGUUUGUUUUAUUAUGGGAGUUUGCAUCUUUGCUGUGUGUUAAUUUGUUUGCACGGUAGUUUGUUUUGAUGAAUGUGUCUGCAUUGUGUUUUUACGUCAUUGUCAGUCGUGUCUAUAUUCUUUUUAUAUUUGUGUCUGAAAAAUAUUCGGACUAAACUUAAUUGUACUUUGUUGGGAGUUUGCACAAAACGUUUUCCACGUGUUAAUAAAGUCCUUAUAUUAAACAUCA